AUGGCUGAGGAUAAUUUUGAAACAUUAUUAGACCAGAUUACUACUGAAAAGUCUACUGUAAUCGAUAUUUGUAAGAAUUAUAAUCAACAAGAAUCACCACCAACAAUAACCGAUGAACAAAUUAAACAACACGCAUUUUUUACACACUAUUUUUCAAGAGAAUUAUGUAAAAUAUUAGAAAAUUGGUUUAAUGAUGGUACAUUAAGUGAAGAAAAUGGAGAUAUUUUUCGAGCUUGUGCAGUAUUUGUUCUUAAACUAACUCAAACACAAUCUUAUAGUAAAGAAUGGCUUAAUCAACAAACUGAAUUAAUAAAUUUUACUGAAAAAUGUUUAAAUGAAAUAGCAUCCUAUGGUUAUUAUAUUGGAAUUGGUGGUACAGAAGAUCCAAAUUUAGAAUCCUUUGAUUGGCUUAUUCAAGCAUUUGAAAAUGCUCAAUGUCGACAAUUACUUGAUACACUAGUUAAAUGUGUAAUUUGUCGUUUUUAUGUUGAAGCUUUAUAUCGUUUAAGUGAUGUUAAUGCAUUAACAUUAACAAUUACUCAACAUUUUCUUCUUGUUACAUGUCCAGAUUAUAUUCUUACUUGUGAUAAAGAUAAAAGUCAUUGUUUAAAAAUAGUUAAUCAAAUGUUAAGUCAUUAUAAUGAUAUAUAUGCUGAAUUUCUUCCUCAUAUUAAUCAAUGGACAAUUCCAGUUAUUUUAUGUUUGAUUUAUCCAAUAAAAUUUAUUUUAGCUAAUAUUCGUACAUUAACAUUUGAACAACGAGAAAUUAUCUAUGGAAUUAUUUUAACUAUAAUUUUAAAUAAAUCCACAAUAGAUCCAAAUAUUAAACAAGUACGCGUUUCAUUAAUCUAUACAUCACUUUGUAUAUUAAUUGAAAUAAUGCGAUCGGAUAAAAAUUUGGCAAAUCGUUUAAAAAAUAUGACGAAUCAAAAGGAAGAUUUAAUCAAAGAAUUAGAUAAUCUAUCAAAAAAUGAACACAAUACUAGUAUUCAGUUAAAAGCAGUAGAAUUAAAAGCAUUUUUAUUAUCAGAAGAAGAAUUUUCAAAAGAUAAUAAAACUGAAGAAGUAACUGGUUUAUUUGUUAAUAAUAUUAAUAAUGCACUUGAAAAUGGACAAAAUGAACAAGUUGAUGAAAUUUUAAGUGGACUUAAAAGUUUGGUAAAUAAUGAUGAAGUAAAACAAGAAAUUGUUAAACAAAAUGGUUUACCAUCAAUACUGAAAUAUGCUAAACAAACAGAUGAUAAUCCAUUACCAUUAGAAAUAACAUAUGCGAUGACAUUUAAUGGUGAUGCAAAAAAAGUUAUUAAUCAAGAUAAAGAUUUUGUUGAACAUGUUAGAAAAUUACGUGAAUCAGAAAAAGCAGAUGUAUCAAAAGUUGCACAUGGUAUUAUGUGGAAAUUAGAAGGCGAAGAAAAAUUUAAACAAAAAGAAGAUGAAAAAGAGAAAAAUAAAAAGGAGAAUAAAUCAGAAGAUAAUUCUGAAGCAAAACCAUCUCAAUUUGAUAUUAUGAUUUCAUAUUGUUGGGCACAAAAACCAUUAUGUCAUAAAGUCAAUGAUCGAUUAGAACAAGAUGGUUAUAAAGUUUGGUUAGAUCGAGAUGAAAUGCAUGGAUCAAUUAUUGAAAGAAUGGCAGAAGCUAUUGAAAAUUCACGAUUUGUACUUAUUUGUAUGUCAAGUAAUUAUAAAAAUAGUGUUAAUUGUAAAGCUGAAGCAGAAUAUGCCUUUAAUCGAAAAAGUAAAAUAGUUCCACUUAUGGUCGAAGCAAAUUAUCGAGCUGAUGGAUGGUUAGGUUUUUUAGCUGGAUCAAAAAUUUAUGUGGAUUUUGCUGAUAAAGAAGGUGAAGAAUUUGAUAAAGCAUAUGAAUUAUUAAUAGCUGAACUUGAAAGAAAUGGAUUGCGUGAUACUGAUGAGAAGCAAGAAAGUAAAAAAACUUCGCGAGCUCCAUCUAUACAUACACCGGAACGUAAAAAAUCUAAAGACGAAACUGAAACACCAACACCUCCUCCUAUUCAAACAACAGAAUAUUUAAAUGUUGGUCCUGCAUCAGGGUGGAACAGUCAACAUGUCCAGGAAUUUUUAGUUGAUAAUAAACUUGAUCAAUUACAACAUGUUUGUGAAGACAUGGAUGGUGAAACAUUAAUUGAAUUUUGUCAGUCAUGUCAAACAGUACCUGAUAAAAUGUAUGCAUUGAUUAAUAAUCCAAAAGAUGAACAUCCUGUAUCAUUCAAUACAUUUUUUAAAUUUAUUUCAAAAUUAAAAAAAUAUUUACCACCAAAACCACAACAAAAAGUACAGUUUCAAUACGAAUUUGUUUAUCCAACAGCAGAUAAAACUACCGGUGUUAAAAAAAAAGACCUAAAUUAG